UUUAUAAAUGAGUUCGUUUUGAUUCAGCAAACAUCACAUACUGGGACGAAUUAUUCAAAUUCUUCACACUAAAUUUUCUGCGUUGACCUUAUAUCGGUUCAACCGUUAUAAGGCAUGGAUGAUGCUGUUAUCAUUGACGCUCCUCCUGUGAAAAGACGUGAGAAAAGAAACUCGAUUACCUUAAAAGAGGACAGAUCUAAAAGGAAGUCAUUGACCAAAAUCAAGUUUUCGCCUCCGGACGACGAAAAGAAGGAAGAAAUACGAAAGGUGAGUGAGCCUUCGAAGCAACACCCCUCAAGUGACGUCAAUCGGGCUUGCCAACAGCAACCGGCGGGACCCCCAGGUGAAGUUGGAAAGAGACUGACAAUCACUAUGGGGCUGGAUGGGGAACAGAUCACAAUCAGGGAGAGGAAGUCUAGUCUGGGCGAGAGCUUAGAGGAUUUAAAGCGGAAAAGCAUCAACAGACGGUCUCAGAAGUGUCUGAGUCAGCAGUACUCUUCCCCUGGCUGUGACAUAGCGGAGGAGGACAGUCGCUUCUUCCUCAGCUCAGACUACGAGGGCGAGGGGGAGUUACGUGUGGGAGGGGGUGGCAACAAUCGGAGUGAUGAACUCCUUAAGAAACUCAUGCACAUGGCCAAGGAGAUGUCAAGCUCUAUCGAUACCAAGUACAAGUUGAAGGUGAAGAAGAAGCCGGAGCUGAAGGAGCACUUGCUGGCGUGUGCUGCUCUGAGGAAGCUGUUCUUACAGGGGGAAUGCAACGAAAAGGCACCACUCAACCCAGUCACCAAAACCAUAUGGAAAAAGUGGAAAGAGUUGAGUGAAGAGAGUAAACAUGUGUCUGAUUUGAAGAUGAAAGAACUUCUAAUCGAUCACGCGGAAGCAGGCAUCAAGAUUUUUAUGACAGAUCCGGACUUCAGCGGCCUCAUUCAGAAGAACUCCACCAUCACAGAAUUCAAGACACUUUUAGAACAGUACAAGAGCAGUCUUCAUGAAACAUCUACGAGCAGUGGUUCAUCGAGGCCUUCGAUGGACAAAAAACCGACGCACGAAGAAGUUAUUGGCGAGGCCGAUGUUGAUGCACACAUGAAACAAUUCACGUACAUGCAAACCAAGGUCACCAAAUCGUACCUUGAGCUGAUGACGUCACUGAAGACAAGAUGGACUGAUUCGGGCAAUGACGUCAUGAGUAGGGAGAAUGUGGCGAAGAAGACCAGGGAGGAUCUGUUGAGUGUGCAAGACCAGCUGGUCAAGUACCAGAACAGUCUGGUCAUGUACCAGGCAGACAUCAACUCUCUCUGGCAGUGCAUGAUAGAACACCAGCAGGCCAUGAACAACGACUUCCAAUGGGACUUCGUCGAGUCUGUGAACGGUGACGACGUCAAUGACAUUGGGAACGGAUACUCCCGAAAGCAAAAGAAGCUUCACAAGAGAGUGUCGCGUUUCUUCGCAAAGAAGUUCGGGAAAGGAAAGAAGAAAUGAUAACAAAAGAAUUGUUUUCCGAGUGAGAUUUGCCAGAAGGAAACUGACUCUGAUUUUGGACUCAAUAAUGAUUACUCGUUUUUAAAUGCUGUAGUUUUUAAAAUUAGAAAGCUUCAAAAGGCUUAAAUUAGUUGGUAGGCUGAAAGUCAUCUAUUUUUUGGCAAGAUGAAAACUAAGUUUCUUUAAAGCUUUUUUGUGCCACUUAGAGGAACAUCAAAUUGUUGAAUUUGAAAAAAGAAUGCUUAUUA